UAACAAUAAAUGGCCCAUUUAAGGAGAAUUUGCAUUCAUGUUGUUAAAAAUCGUUUUUUUUUUUGUAUUCCAGUCCUAUGUGAAGUUUAUGAAAGCAUUUUUAUUACCUCACUCUUUUUUUCGCUUUAGCAAUGGCGUCUUGUAGCUUUGAUAUACUUUUCAUACCGUAGUCUCCAAAGAGUCAUAUCGUACUAUUCGCUUCGUUUGCUAUUGCCAUCGCUUCCAUUUCUCAUCGCCUCGUUACAUUAACAUUUUCCAGAAUUGACUGACUCAUAUCGUGCCAUAUUAGAAUUUCGAUGGCGGACGACUAUCAAGUGCAAUCAAAUGGAGGAGAUGCAAUUAGAAAACCGCUUUUGGAGUUAUACGUGAAGGCUUCCGGCAUCGACAGUCGAAGGAUUGGUGCAUGUCUAUUCUGCCAGGAAUUCUGGAUGGAGCUGUAUGCAUUGUACGAAAUUGGCGUGGCUAGGGUUGAGGUAAAAACAGUGAAUGUCAACUCUGAGGCUUUCAAGAAGAAUUUCCUUGGUGCACAGCCGCCCAUUAUGAUUGAGGAGGAAAAAGGUGCCACAUACACAGACAAUCGUGAAAUUGAAGGACGAAUCUUUCAUUUGGCCAAAGAGUUCCAAGUACCUCUAUUUGAAAAAGAUCCAGUCGUCGAAAAACGAAUAGAGAGCUUGUACAGGAAUUUCAAACUUUUCCUUCGUGCCAAAGCUGACUAUGACAAAGAAAGGCGAGAGAUAUCGAGUAUUGAGUCACUCCCUCCACAAAUCAAAACGCAUUGUAAUCGUGUGGUAGAACAGCUAGGAGGAAUCGAUCAGUUACUAGCAGAUCGAGGAACUCGUUAUCUUCUGGGCAAAUCCAUGACUGAAUAUGAUUGUGAAUUGAUGCCCAGAUUACAUCAUAUGCGCAUUAUUGGACAAAGAAUGCUCAAUUUUGACUUCCCUCACUUUCUAACCCAUCUGUGGAACUACGUACUGACAGCCUAUCGAACAGCUGCGUUUAUUGAGAGUUGUCCAGCCGAUCAGGACAUUUUGCACCAUUACAAGGAGCAACUGAACAUGGUCACGAAUCAACGCGAGACGUUGCAGAAAAUGGGUUUGGAUCAGAACUGA